GUGGUGGUCUCGACCGUCGACGGCUUCCAGGGGCAAGAGGCGCACUUGGUCAUCAUCUCCAUGGUCAGAGCCAACGACCGCGGCCGCGUGGGGUUCCUCGCCGACCAGCGGCGGCUGAACGUAGCGCUGACGCGCGCGCGCUCCGGGCUGAUCGUGCUCGGCCAUGCCGGCACGCUGAGAGCCGACGAGCACCUG